AUGCAGAAUGAUCCACUAGUCAAGGUAGAUGUCGAUGAGACUGAAGAUACUGAAUGGAACGAUAUUUUGAGGCAGCAUGGCGUUAUUCCAGAAAGAGCACCAUCGCCCACGGCUCAGCUGGAAGAAGCGCUAGAAGAGGCCUUGGUGAAACAGCACGAAAACCGCUUAGAUGGGAAGGACUUGUCUGAUCUUGAAGAACUAGAGGAUGACGAAGACGAGGAGUUUCUGGAAAUUUACAAACGGAAAAGGAUGGCGGAGAUCCAGAAGCUACACGAAAAGGCAAAGUAUGGCCAAAUUUAUCAUGUCAACAAGCCAGAAUAUAACAAAGAAAUUACGGAGUGCAGCAUGGGCCCAAAGGACCAAGAAAAUGGUGGUGUUUAUGUAUUCGUGCAUAUGUCGCUCAGCAGUAAAUUGCAAAGCAGACUGUUGGACAGUAUUUUCCGCCAGGCAGCUAUCAAAUUCCCACAGAUUAAAUUCGUCGACAUUCCGGCGAACAGAGCAAUCGAGAACUACCCAGAUAGCAAUUGCCCGACGCUGAUUGUCUAUUACCGCGGCGAAGUGCUCAAAAAUUUAGUCACUUUACUGGAGCUCGGUGGUAAUGACACAACAUUGAGCGAUCUAGAGAAACUAAUGGUUAAGGUAGGCGCUGUAGAUCAGAAAGAUGAUCGUUUGGUGGUAAAUUUGGAUGAUGAAGAGUCCAGAGAGGAGAGAUUUAAUCGUUACUCUAGAAAGGGUAUAAAAUCGGGCGUAUCGGGCAAAUUUAACGUCGGUGUAGGUAGAGACAGUGAGGAUGAAGAUUUCUUUGAUUAG